AGUCAGGACUCUUGGGUUCUGUUCUUGGCUCUGCCCAUUUGACCCUAGGACAAGUUGCUUCCUCUCUCCCUGCCUCAGUUUCCCUGUACGUAAGGAGGGGGACCCAGAAGACUGGACCUUCCAGCCAUCGCAGGCCCCUUUUUUGACAUGGAGGAGCCAAGUGCCAAGAUCCUGGAGCUGGAGACGUUUUGUGUAGAGCAGGUUCCGCCAACUGUCUAUUAUGUUCCAAACUUCAUCUCGAAGUCGGAGGAGACCUAUCUGCUGCACCAGGUUUAUGCUGCCCCCAAACCCAAGUGGACCCAGCUGUCUGGAAGAAAGCUGCAGAACUGGGGAGGGCUGCCCCAUGCCAAAGGGAUGGUACCGGAGAAGCUGCCCGCCUGGCUUCAGAGCUAUGCCGAGAAGAUCUCCUCCCUCGGAGCGUUUGGAGGGAAGCUGGCGAACCACGUGCUGGUGAACGAGUACCUCCCGGGGCAGGGGAUCAUGCCUCAUGAAGAUGGACCUCUGUACUUCCCCACCGUCACCACCAUCAGCCUGGGAUCACACACGCUGCUGGACUUCUACCAUCCCGUCAGCAGGGGGCAGCACGCGGACAGCGAGCAGGUCCCCGCGCCCCAGACAGAGGAGCAGCGCCACUUCCUGUCCCUGCUGCUGGAGCCGCGCAGCCUCCUGGUCCUGCGGGAGGACAUGUACGUCCGUUACCUGCACGGGAUCCGACCCGCCACCUCCGACGCCAUCACGGAGAAAGUGGCCAACGUGGCGGGCUGCAGCGCGGCGCUCGGGGACGAGCUGCGCCGGGGAACCCGGGUGUCGCUCACCAUCCGCCACGUCCCCAAGGUGCUGAAAACGGCCAUUUUCCUGGGCAGGGGGAAGUGAGGGGAGGAGUUUGCUUCCCUCCCUCCCGCCCAGGCUCUUGCCUGAGAACGGUGCUGUGAAACGUGCAGUUAACGAGGGGGUAGGGAGGCCCGGACGUGGAAGGCUGCGGAGACCCCGUUCUCCCAGCGCGCCGCAGGAUGGGAAGAGCCGAGUCCAAGAGCGUCUCACCCGCACGGGAGGAGAAGAGCAGCCUCUGGGGUCAUCUGUACGAAGGCGCGGAGACUUGGACCGGAUGCAGCAUGGUCUAGUGGUUAGCGCGAAAGGCCAGGGUGUCAGGACUCCUGGGUUCUAUUCCUGGCUCUGGGAGGGGAGUGCGGGGCCUAGUGGUUAGAGCAGGGGGAUAGGAAGCCAGAACUCCUGGCUUCCUACUCCCCAUUCUUGCUCCUGCUUCACCAUGUGACCUUAAGGGACUCUCCCUCCACCUCCCAGUGCCUUAGUUUCCCUGGCUGUGACAUGGCAGGAGUUCUAUCCGUUGGCAAAGCACCCUGAGCACUUCAGAAGCGUGCGGCGGGCUCGCCUGCUCCUACCUAUGUUCAAACCCAUUCAUUUAAACGCGGUGAACUCUAAUAAAGGCAGGGGCGGGUCAUUCCACCUCGCUGGUGGCUCCUUGCUGCUGCUUGAGGAAUCGGUUACAUUUCUGCUUCUGAACUCUCUUGUGCCGCUGUGCCCGUUUCCCCGGGCUGAGA